AUGACAACUUACUUCGAAGGUAAAGAUAUCAAUGAAGUUUAUCAAAAUGGUGAUAGAGUUUACAAGGAUGAACAAAAGGCUUUCAGAUAUUAUUUAAAAGUGCCAAAUAUGGAGAUUGUU